AUGUCGAAACGAAAUCCACCACCUGGUGAUCCCGGGCUGAAGGAACUCCAGGCAAUCUUUAAUGAAGUAACUAGAAAUCCUACUCAAUCGCAACAAAACCAAAAAGGAGUCGCUUUCGACUUACAAGACAAUGAUAAUCAGGAUGAUGUACCUUUAUUUUUAAAGGACAUGACUCCAAAGGAAAGCGAUAGUUUCCUAUAUACAAAUUCUACCGGUAUUUCGCCGCUUCUUUAUAAGCAAACUAAUAACGAUUAUGGUAAUUGGUUAAAAAAUCUUAAAAGUCCGCAUCUAUUCCCAGUUAAUGAAGAAACAACUCCAAAUCAGCAAUCUAAGGGUACUACUUCAAGAAAUCCAAAUUCAGUUUUUGCUUCUCCGCUUUUAUCUGCACGAUCAGGUCUAAACUCAGCAAGAAAGUUAAAACGACAAUAUUCACAGUCAUAUCAGCCAAAGAAAAUCGAACAAACACCUGA